GGUCAUGGGGUUCUGGUUGGCAUUGAGGCUAUAGCAAUAAUGGUGAACUUACUUCAAAUUGGGCAUGACUGCUGGAUUCAUACACUAGUCCCUAUGAGAUUUGUCACUGGAUGUUAUCUAGACAGAAAGAAUGAUGAAACUCUAACUGCCUUCUGAAACAAGAGCAUGUUAUUUAAAAGGAAAUUGAGGCCCAAUGAAAUAGUUACCUGGAAGCAAAAACCAGCUGAAUAA